GCUCUCCUGGGCGCGAGAUGAGUCGUUUAUGCGACGGGCCGUAAGGACUCGUCCGGAAUGGCGAAGGAGCGCUGUGUAGCGUGUACCGACGAGGCGACGGCUCGAGCAGCUGAGCCUGAGACGGGCGUCGUGCACGCAAAUCUUGUCGUCUUCGGGAUGCGUGCGUGAAACACGGCGCGCUCAUGCGAGUGGGCUCACCGCUGGCUCCGGCGGGUGUGCUGUCAUCCACGAUGCGUUCCUGCACUCGAAAACGAGGUGUUCGAGUCCGCCUGUCGGUGGGAGCACACAGAAGAGUGAGUAGCAUUGCUGCACGAAGAUGUGCCCGUUCAGACGGACGUGCACGCCGUCUGAGAGCACGAAAUGUGCCUUAUCGUGAACGGAACGAGUCGAGGCCCGCAGCGUGCUCUGUCGCCGUUCCUGCCAUCCGAAAUACUCUGGCCGCCUCGGAGCACCGACUUUGAACGCGAUUGGGCCCAUCUCGCCGGUCUGACGGGACCAAACCUCUGCUACAGCGCCAGCGUCCGCGAGCCUCCGCAAGCCCCCCAAACUUCGGCUACAGCGCCAGCGUCCGUGAGCCGACAUUUCGAGACCGUUCUGCUGUUCGUCCCUGCACCGGCUGUAGUUCCCGUCGCCCUCCCGUCGUCCAGCACGACCGUCGGAACUUCGCAAACCGCGCCCCCGGCUCGUGUUUCGGGGGUUGUGUCGGAGGGUGCGCGUACGGCUGGCGCGCGGAGGUGGACGGCCCUGGAGACUGGCGGGGCGCCCGUCGUGGUACGCGGUGUGCGGGACGAUCGGACGAUUCGCGCGUGGGGCGGAGGUGUGGGCCUUGGGCGGUCGUGCCGCCGCGUUUGGAGCAGAGGCGGUUGCCGCCGCUGCGUCGUUGCGUGAGUGCGUUGGAAUGCGGGUGUGCGGGUGUGCGGGUGUCCUCGAUGACCACAGCUCCGAGUGGGAUUAGUGGACUACAGGGACGCUGACUACGCGUGCCCGCCGCGACCGUCACUCUCGAUCGGC